AUGGCUGUUAAAAUACAUUCUCCAGUAUCCGAAAUAAGGAUAAGUUCUACUACAUAUCCUUUAUAUUUUACUGUUUUUUUCGAAAGGUUAAAAAAUUAUGUUUCAGAAAGAAUUAUGAAAGUAAAGAAUUCAAAUGAUUAUAAAAAAUUAUGUAGGCAUUUAAACUAUGACAUCGAUGAUGUACAAGAAAUAUUUUCUACACAUGAUUUGUUAAAUAUUCCUCGAGAUGCUAAAGAAGUAUCAUGGAAUAAAAAUAUUGAAAGGCAUUUAGAAAGGGAAAUGCGUACAAAUUCAGAAAAUAAAUGUAAAAGAAUUUAUCCUUUUUAUCCAAGAAUUCAAAGACACAGACGAAAAAUGUUGGAAGAUUAUUGUGAAGAAAGGGAUAAAAGAAGAGAUGAAGUUAAAGCUUCAGAUAAUUAUGAACAAAAAUGUUAUGAAUUUAACCAAUGGGUAAUUAUGAAUGAGAAUGCAAUUAAUAAUUCUUUUAAUAAUAAUAUAACGGAUGAUGAUAGAAACAAAGGAGCAUAUAAUAUUAAUAAAAAUUGUACUUUGAGAGAACGGCACAUUUUAUUUGAAAAAAUGGAGUGUACAAAAAAGGAGGAAGAAAAUAAAGACGAUGAACCAGAAAUUGUUGAGGAUACUAAUGGGGAUAAAACUGAAGAAGAAGAUGACGACAGUGAGAAACCGGAAGAGCCUAAAAAUGUUGUUAAGUCAAUACAUGGACCUAAUUUUAGAUCAACAGUUAAUUAUAACCCUAAUGUAUAUGAAUAUGGAAAUAGUGCAUUUUUGUUUCCUAAGGAACUUUUCGAGUUACCAUUAGUUGGACAUUCACAUAUUACAGGUACACAAGGAGGUACUCGAAAUAAUUUGAAUAUGUAUUUUUUACAAAAUAUCCCGCAUCAUAUUGAAGUUCCACCAGAUAAAGUUCCUCCUGUUCGACUACCAACUCCUAAGAUUACACCUACUGGUAAUCCUCCUAUGCAAGUAACACCAUAUCUUAUAUUUAUUCCUAUAGGUUUGUUAAUCCUUCUAAUUUCCAUAAUCCUGAAUUUAAUGGAUAAAAAAAAAGAAAUGAUACCAGUUAGAAAAGAAGAAAAAAUUAAAGUGAAAACUGUGGUUCCUUCUGCUGUGUAUAUAAGAAUAAAAGAACUAGAAAAGUUACGUGAAGAAAUUAAGGAAAGAGAAAAAGAAAAAUUAAAAAAAAAAAUACACGUUAAAAAAAAAGUUAAAAUUAUAGAGGAUCCUUAUAAAAUUAAAUUAUUAGAAAGAAAGAAAUGGUUAUGGAAAACAAUUAUAGAAAUACAUAUGUUAAUUUUAGAAGAACAAAGAAAAGCAGAAUGGGAAUUUAAUAAAGGAGAUUUUUUAAAUAUAUGUAUUGAUGAAUUUUCAAGGCAGGAAAAAAAAUCAGAUAUAAAUGUAAUAACAAGUGAUUUGUUAUUUGGUGAAGAAAAAGAUGUAGAAACUAUAUAUAUGAUGAAUAAGCAAAGCGAUAUGUGGUAUAGAUGGAUUGAACGGCAUGAAUAUAUGUUAGAAAAAUGGAAAGAAGAAGAAUGGUUUUUAAGAUUAAAAGAGAGUUGGAGAGAUGAAGAAGAAGAAUAUAUGAAGAGAGCGUAUAAAGAAUUAUUAAUUAGUUUAAGAGGUGAUAAAUAUCAUAUGUCUCAAAGACAAAAAAUUAUUUGGAGAAAAUGGAUUGCAAAACAUCCAUUUAGAGUUAGAGAAUUUGUUAUAGAUAAAUGGUUUAAUAAAUUAUUUGAAGAGCUUGAAAAGGAAGGUAUCAUAUCUGAUGAAGCCAUAAGAAAAUUUUUAUCUUUACAUGAAGAACAAUAUAAUGAAGAACAAAUCGAAGAAUUUAUAAAAUAUAAAAAUAAAGUGUUGGUGGUUAUAUUAUGGAUAAAAAUAUAUAUGUCAAUAUUGGAGGAAUAUAUAAAGGAAGAAGAUAUAGAGAGUGAAAAGUUAUUUAUAGAUACAUCGUUUGAAGAAUUAAAAAAGAAAAAAGAAAUAGAAGAAGAAGUGAUAGAAGAUUUGAAAAAAGAUAUAUAUGGAAUAGAUAAAAUGAAAGAACUUGAAAAGUAUAAAGGAGAAGAUUGGUUUAAGAAAAUGCAACAAGAUUGGAUUAGAAGAGAAUAUAAAUUUAUUUCAUCAUAUAAUUUGGGAAGUAACGAUGAAGAGGAGUUUUAUGAAUUUGUUAAAAAACCAACAAUGGAAAUACAGAAAGAUUUAUUAAAAGAACAAUGGAGGAAUAUAGAAUUAAAAUGGAUUGAUGAAGAUAAUGAUGAAGAUUGGAUGCAAGAUGAAUUGUUAAAAAAAAGGAAGUAUAUAAAACCUGAAGAUAAAAUGAAGCAUAGAAUUAUUAGGGAAGAUGAUAUAUAUAGCGAAGAAUUAAAAAUUUAUGAUGAAAUAGGAAAAAGGAGUAUUUAUUUAUCAAAUAAAAAGGCAUUGAAAUGGAAAAUCAUCAUUGAAAUACAUUUGGAGGUAUUAUGCGAUUGUAAAAUGGAAGAGUGGGAGAAAAAUAAAGAGGACUUUUUAGAUAUAUGUAUAGAAGAAUUGGUAAAAAAACAAAAUGAAGAUAAAAAAAAUAAAGAAGAUUAUGAUUAUAUAACAAAUGAAAGUGAUAUUUACGAUGUAGUGGAGAAUACCAAAUCAUUUUGGAAUACUUGGACAAAUAGACACAAUUAUAUGUUAGAAAAAUGGAAUAAAGAAAAUUGGUUUGUUCAAUUAAAAAAUGAGUGGGAGAAAGAACAAAAUGAAUAUAUGAGAAAAACAUACAAAGAAUUAUUAAUAAGUCUAAAGGGUGACAAAUAUAAUAUGUCGCAGAGACAAAAAAUAAUUUGGAGGAAAUGGAUUGCAAAACAUCCUUAUAAUAUAAAAGAAGAAAUUAUAAAUAAAUGGUUAAAUCAUUUAUUGGAUGAGAUAGAUAAAAAUGGUAUUAUUAGUGACGAAGCUAUAAAAAAAUUUUUAUCUUUAGAAAAAGAUAUAUCAGAUAAGGAAUUACAUAAAUAUAGGAAGAAAAAAUUAGAAGUAAUUUUGUGGAUUAAAAUAUAUAUGUCUGUUUUGGAAGAAGAGAAGAAUGAAGAAUUAGAGAAAAAAAAGGAGUCCUUUUUAAAUACAUGUAUAGAUGAGUUAAAAAAGGAAGAACAUUCUGAAGAAAAUGAAAGAAUGAUAUCAAUGGUUGAUGAAAUGAAAAAGGGAUUUCUUAUAUGUGAUAAGGGGAAAAAUUACAAAAAGUGGAAAAAUGAAGAAUGGUAUAAUAAUUUGAAGAAAGAAUGGAUAAAAGAAGAAGACAAAUAUAUAGAUACUACAGAUGUAAUCGAAAAAGAAGAAAUAUAUGAGGAUGAUUUGUUAAACAAUCCCCUUAUAGAAGUAGAAAAAGGUGUAUUAUUAAAACAUUGGAAAGAUAUGUAUAUAAAAUGGAUUGAUGAAGAUAAUGAGAGAGAUUGGUUACGUAUCGCAAUAGAUAAAGAUAAUAUAAACACAGACGAAAUGAAUGAAGACAUAAAUAGAAUGAUAGAAUUGAAUAAAUUGGAUGAUUAUUCAAAUAAAUUGCAUGAUAAUAAAAGUAUCAAAUGGAAAACUAUCAUAGAAAUUCAUAUGGAAGUUUUGAACGACUGCAAAAAUGAAGAGUGGGAAAUGAAUAAAGGGGACUUUUUAGAAAUAUGCUUGGAAGAAUUUGGAAAUAUGGAAAAUAAGGAAUAUUCCAAUAUAAUAAAUAACAUGUUAAUGUUAGAAGAAUUGGAAUAUAAAUAUUUAAAUAUGGAUGUAAUAGAGAGACAAAACAAUUUGUGGAAUAUAUGGAUAGAAAGACACAGAUAUAUGUUAGAAAAAUGGAAAAAAGAAAAAUGGUUUAUUAUAUUGAAAGAGAAUUGGAAGAAUGAAGAGAAUAAAUAUAUGAGAAAGGCUUAUUUAGAAUUGUUGAUUAGUUUAAGAGAGGAUGUUAAAAAUCCAAUGUUACAAAGGCAAAAAAUUAUAUGGAGAAAGUGGAUUGCAAAAAAUUUAUAUCAUAUAGAAUCAAAUGUUAUAAAAAAAUGGUUUGAUAAAUUAUUAGAAGAAAUUGAAAGAAAAGGAGUUAUAGAUUUAGAUGAAUGUAAAAAUUUAAUGCAGAUGGAAGAAAAUGAAGAAUAUUUGGAAGUAUUAAAAGAACAUAGGAAAAAAAAAUUAAUAUGUAUCAUAUGGAUAAAAAUAUAUAUGAUGAUAAUUGAGGAACAUAAAAAGGAGGAAUAUUUAGAAAGUAAAGAAAUAUUUUUGGAUACAUGUGUAGAUGAAUUGAAAAGAAAUGAAAAUUUAGAGGGUAAUGAAUUAUGUGUGGAUGAUAUGAAAAAAAGUAUCCUAUUAAAUGAUCAAAAAGAAGAAAUAGAAAAAUUAAAAAUGAAAAAAUGGUAUAAAGAUUUGAAGAAAGAAUGGAUAAUUGAAGAAGAUAGAUAUUUCAGAUCAAUAAUAAAUGAAGAACAUGAUGAAGAAUAUAAAGAUAUAAUAAGAAAGCCAUUAAAAGAUAUUGAAAAAAAAAUAUCAAAAAAGCAUUGGGAUUAUAUUCAUUUAAAAUGGAUAGAUGAAGAUAACGAAAGAGAUUGGUUAAAAAUUGCACGGAAUGAAAAUGAACAGAUUAAAUAUUUACAUAUAAAUGAGAAUGUUAGGAAAAAAAAAUAUGUACCUUUUUAUAUAGAUGAUUAUGGAAAAAAAGGAAGAUCAAAUAAAUAUAAAAUAUAUAGAAGAAAAAGGAAAAAAUGUCAAAAUAAAUUAAAAGAAAAUAAUGCUAUGAAUAAAGAUAUGGAUAUUUUGGAAAAAAGAAUGGAAUUUUUAAAAAUUUGUUUUGAUUUGUUAAAAAAAAGAACUUUUAAUUAUAUAAAUAUAUGGGAGAAAAAUAACAAAUUUUAUGAUGAAGCAAAUGAAAUAAUGAAGCAAUUGGAAGAAAAGAUAUUUGAAAGGCAAAAAAUAUUAUGGUAUAAUAGAGAAGAAAUAAAUAAAAUGUCAAGAAAAAAAUGGGAAAAUGAAGAAUGGUUUAUUAUUUUGAAAAAUGAUUGGAAUGAAGAAAAAUCGUGUUAUUUGAAUGAAAUACAAUACGAAUAUAAUAUUAAUAAUUUAAUAGAAGAAGAAAAAAAAUAUUUAUACUUGAAGAAAGAAAAGAUAAUAUGGAAAGAAUGGUUAUUAAAAAAUUUUAAAAAUAUUGAAGAAUGUGAUAAUGAAGAUUGGUUUAAUAAUUUAAUGGAAACAUAUAAAAUAGAUGAAUUAUGUUCAAUUGAUAUGAGUGAGGAAAUAUAUAAUCUUGGAUUGGAGAAUAAUCUAAAAAAAAAUGUGUUAAAAAAUAUAAUAUGGAUUGAUAUAUUUAUGGAAGUUUUAAAUGUAUGUGAAGAGGAAGAAUUGGAACAUAAACAAAAGAAUACGUUAGAGUCAAAAAUGGAAAAUCAUAAUAAAUUAUUUUAUGAAAAAAAAGAAGAUUAUAUUAAUAAAAAAGAAAUGGGGAAUUAUAUAAAUGAUAUACAAACAAAUGAAGGAAAUCAAAUGGAUAUUCCAAAAUGGUUUGAUGAAUAUCAAUCUGAUGAAAAGAGUGGAAAACAGAAUAGUAUCCAAAAAGAUGAAAAAUCGUUUAUUAAACAAUUAGAAGAAGGUGAUGGAGAAAGUGAUAUAAGAAGUGAUGCUUUACAAGAAAGUUAUAAGAUAUAUAAUAACAAAUUGAUAGAGCAAAAAAUUAAUAUACUUCGAGAAAGUUACAUUAGAAAUCAAAAUGAUACAUAA